AUGGUGGGGCGGCGGCGGCGGCCGAAAGGUGGGGGGAAGAAAGCAAGAAAAAACACAAAGAGAAAAAGAAGGAAUGGGGUGGGAGAAAAAAAAUCCAACGCCGCCCCGUCGCCGUGCCCGGUCGACCCCAGUUCCGCGGCCGUGGGGCCCGAGGGUCCGAGGCCGGCGAAGGGCGUGCCGGAUCAAGUUGAUAUGAUGACAGAGAAAUGGGUUGUUGUUGCCUCUGUGGAGGUCCUGCUACGAUUUCCUCUGAUGCCAGGAGAGGACCCCAGAGCUCGUUGUGACUCUAAGAAAAAACGCCAGCCUUCAGUGAACCAGCCUCACGCAGCUUCACAUGGAUAUGGAGACCAAGAGGGCAGGAAACCUAACAAUCGAUGCCUGAAGAAGACCGAACAGAGGCCUGAGGACUUGAGGAAGAUGACAGAUCAUUACAAACAGCAGCAAUCCCAUGGACCACCUACAGUCCGGAACCUGAAGAAGAGAAAGAGAGGAGCAGUGGAGCCGAGUGCUUCCCCAUCAGAGAAGGUACAUACCAGGGUGAUGUGCAAGAACUGUGGAGCCUUCGGACACACGGAAAAAAGCAAGAGGUGUCCCAUGAAGCGCUGGGAUGGAGCCCUCGCCCUCCAGCCCUUGGGCUCAAAUAAGAAAAAGGAGAACCUAGAACCAAGGAAGCCCCAGGAGCCACACACCCGAGGGUCUUUUAGCCAGACUGACAGACAGAAGGAACAAAGUCAAUGGCAAGAAGAAGAGCAGAAGAAAACUCUAAUGCAAAACAUUCCCCGGAGACACCAAGAGAAGCAGCAGACUAACGAUAAGGAAUUGACAGACUAUCUGACGAAUCCUACCAGGCCAAUGCCUGUCCAGACAGCGAAGAAGAGACCUAUCCUGAUCCCCGUUUUCACAAGGGGGCAACAUAUCAAGUCAUCUGACAUGAGAUCCUUUUGCCCUACACAGUCCCUCAUCAAAAGACCUGAGUUGAGUUCCUUCCUCACACCUCAUGUUCCAGGCAAAGGACGAGAGGUGACUUUUGCUGAAUCCCUCCAUCCUUCUCUCAAGAACCCUACCCUCAUUGCCAAGACAACCAGCAACAGGCCUGAUGCUUGUUCCCAUGACAUUCCCCAGUCUUUCGCCAAGACACACACUCUGGGUAACAACUUCCAUUCCCAGGCACAAGCCAAGUGUCCUAAUGUGAACCCAAAACCCAGCUCACAACCCACCACACAAAAAUUGGGUCAGAACUACAAACUCAGCCUCCAGGCAUCAGGCAAUCUGUUGUCCCAGGUUCCCACCCAGACUUGCAAGAAUCUCCCAAAAAAACCGAGACUCAGGCCCUUCCAUAACCCCCAGAUGAGCACUCAGAAUCCUUCUCAGAAGGUUAUCAAGACUGUCCAGCUUCCCCCCAGUACUAAUAGACUUACACUUAAAGAGGUGCCCCAAGAGAUCACAAUGACAGCUGCUCUGGCUCCACACAAUACACCUCACCAGAAUCCCGUCCAGGCUUGUGCAGUCCGUCCGCCUCCACAGUCCAGCCAUGUUCCGAACAAGCCCCUCGGAACUGUCUUCACUGGAUUGAACAGUGGACAGAAGAAUUCCCAGUUCAAUAUGGCUCCCACCUUUGUCUUACCUAAGAAGCCUGCACCUCCUGAUCAGAGCCUUCAUGUCCUCCAGCAUUCUGAGCGACACUGUUCCCAUACCCCAAGGAGCAGCCUCUUUGAGGAUCUUCUGGUCUCCUCCUCUGAGGAGAGUGACAGGGAGUGA